AUGGCAGGGCAGGGCCAGGCUUGGCGCAACGGCCCACGAUGCGGCCCUGGAGCCUCAGGGGGACUCGGUCACCGCGCAGGCAGCGGGCGCGGGCAACGGUGGCCUCUGCCUACCGCCGAGCCACCAGCGAACAGGAAGCAGUACUCGGACCGUGGAGGCCCGCCCCCAUUUAGUGAGAAGCCCGCCGGGCCCAGGGACGCCAACGGGAGGGGGAGGGGAUGGGGGAGGGGAUGGGGGCGGGGGAAAGGCAAAGAGGGCGGGGAGGAGGCUGGGCAGCCGCAGCACACUAGCUGCUACUCGGGAGACUGCUCUGUAACAAUUUCACCAGGCAGCUUCAGCAUCCAUGUUGACGGCUCAAAACGGAAGUCGUCAGGCCACAACGGAAGAAGAACGUGCGAGCAGCCUGCCGAAAGUAACCGGCAAUGGCUCCCCCCGCAGCCCUGCGUCGGAGCCUUUACAAGGAAGGCGGGCGCGUGGGAGUGGGGCGGAGCUGGAGCGUGGGCGGGAAAACGGAAAAGAGGAGCCGGUGGCACCGGAAGCGAGGGUGACGGCAGUACCGGCCGCGUCCUGAUGGACGGAAGCCCCCAACCUCUGGAGGGCAAGAAGUAAAGCUACCACCCACUGGCUUUGAAAGGAGACAAGAUCAACUCAGCUAACAACAGGGAUGUCCGCAUGAUCGCUCAC